AGUCGGUUAAGCGAAAGGGUUAUAGAAUCUUACGCUAUGUGGAUUUGUGAAACGAAUAAAAACUCAUUCUUUCUUUUUCUUCUUCUUCUUCUUCUUCAAGAAACAAGAAAAGAGUGAAACACGCACAACACACAUUGUGGAAUUUAUGGUGUUUGGGUGUGUCGCUCAAGGAUCAACAAACUCAUAUUAUGUCGAUCGUUUGAUUAUUAAACUACAACAUUCAAUCUUGCUUCAUAAAAUCAAAACCCUAAAUCAAAACCCAUUUUCUCCCAUUUUCAUCUCACCCAAAAUUACACUUCCAACUCACAUGAGAAAUUUGUGUGCAUCUCGCGAUUCUUCAAUGAGAAAUUUUCAAGUCCAUUUCUGAAUCAAUUGAUUGCGGGAUGAGGUAGAAAGCAAAAAAGAUAGAUACUCCAUGAUGCAAUAAUAGGAUCAGCAGGAGCUUACGCAUAUCUCAGAUAGUUACGGGGAAAAAGUCUCAAAGUUCACUAUGAAGCAAGAGGAUAUGAGAAGACUGGAUAAAAUAUAACUGAAGGUGCACCUGAUAUGGAUGAAGCUAUUGAUUGACAGUAGGUAUAUAUAAUAAGCAUCUACAAAGGCAGAUAAUCCUCCAAAGUUCAAAGUUCUUAUGAAGGAAUAUAUAAACCUCUGCAAAGGCAUGCUUUCUCCUACCUUAUUUAUCUUUUUUGGUAAGUUCCUUUGGCUAAAGUUGUUUCUCUUAUGUUGUUCAUUUGGUUAGAGCAUAUCUUGCAAAGAAAAUAAUGUGUAGAAUUGCUUUAGAAUUAGGUGGAUCACCAUGAGUUUGAAGGUGAUCGAGCUUAUGAUCUAUUUUGGAUUAUGCGUAUAGUUGGUUACCCUAGUGUAAAUGACAUAGGAUGGUAAUGAAGAAAUCAAUCUAGCCUAUCUAGGACCUGAAUCUUUAGAAUUUUUACAUUUUUUAUCUAUGUUUGGUAGACCUUACAUUAUUGAACUAAGACAUCAUUCAACUAGGGCUUUUGACAUAGGGUGUUGCUUGCAUAGAAUCUACUAACAAUUCAUCAAGAAUGAUUGGAUCUUUUGCUUGAGAAGAAAAAAAAAACCCUUAAUCGUGUAAAAGACAGUUUUUUGUUUGUCAAGAUAAUGGACAUAUCUGGUUUAUAAUCUAUAUAUGUUGGGAACAAGUGUGGCUGCCGAUUUUAUCAUUCUUGAUUAUUCAAACAUAUUUGCUACCGUAAUUAUGGGAUAAUUCAAGAACGUUAAAUCUACUGCUUGAAAGCACGAAACUUUAAUUGAGGAAACAUGGUUUUGCAUUAUGAACUUAAUGACCCUUGUCCCUAAUGUUACAUAAGUUUUGUAAGGGAUGAAUGCCUCUAUGACCCUUGAGGAAAAUGCAUUAUGAAUUCUUUAUUCAUAAUGGAAAAGUUGGAUGGAUGGCUUUAGAAGUGAUUUUACAUUAUGAACUUUAAUUGAGGAAACGUGUUCUGUCCCAAAAACUUUCAAUCUUCUACUUAUUGGUUUAUAAUCAAUACCUAUUAGGAAUGAGGAUGGGUUUUCGAUUUUUUCAUUCUUUAUUCAAAUACCUUCAAUCUUCUGCUACAAUAAAAUGUGAAAUUUCAAAUUUUGUAAGGGAUUGGAAUCAUUGGAUGUCUUGAUGCCCAAAAAAUGCUGGAUAAAUUACUUAAUGACCCUAGUCCCUGAAUGUGAAAUCUUGUUGUCUUAAUUGCUACUCAAUGCAAUUUUCCCUAUCGGUGUCCGCUUUUCUAUUAAAAAAAUUAUGAAAUUUUAUUCAUAGUAAUGCAUGAAUGGAUAUAUAUUCUGCUUUGAUGACCCUUAGUCCCUAAAUUCAAUUUUGCAACUGCAAUUAGAAGUGGUUUUGCAUUAUGAACUUAAUGACCCUUGUCCCUAAUGUUACAUAAGUUUUGUAAGGGAUGGAUAACUCAAUGACCCUUGAGGAAAAUGCAUUAUGAAUUCUUUAUUCAUAAUGGAAAAGUUGGAUGGUGGCUUUAGAAGUGAUUUUACAUUAUGAACUUUAAUUAAGGAAACGUGUUCUGUCCCAAAAACUUACUUUCAAUCUUCUGCUUAUUGGUUUAUAAUCAAUACCUAUUGGGAACGAUGAUGGAUUUUCGAUUUUUUCAUUCUUGAUUAGUCAAAUACGUUCGAUCUUCUGCUUCAAUAAAAUGUGGAAUAUCAAAUUUUGUAAGGGACUGGAUGUCUUGAUGCCCGAAAAAUGCUGGAUAAAUAAUGACCCUGGUCCCUAAAUGUGAAAUCUUGUUGCCUUAAUUGCUACUGAAAGCAGUUGUCCCUAUCAGUGUCUGCGAUUUUAUUAAAAAAGAAGAUUAUGAAUUUUUAUUCAUAGUAAUGCAUGAAUGAAUAUAUAUUAUGCUUUGAUGACCCUUAGUCCCUAAAUUUAAUUUUGCAACUGCGAUUAGAAGUGAUUUUACAUUAUAAACUUAAUAACCCUUGUCCCUAAUGUUACAUAAGUUUUGUAAGGGAUGGAUGACUCAAUGACCCUUGAGGAAAAUGCAUUAUGAAUUCUUUAUUCAUAAUGGAAAAGUUGGAUGGUGGCUUUAGAAGUGAUUUUACAUUAUGAACUUUAAUUGAGGAAACAUGUUAUGUCCCAAAAACUUUCAAUCUUCUGCUUAUUUGUUUAUAAUCAAUACCUAUUGGGAACGAUGGUGGGUUUUUGAUUUUUUCAUUCAUGAUUAUUCAAAUGCCCUCAAUCUUCUGCUUCAAUAAAAUGUGAAAUUUAAAAUUUGUAAGAGAUCAGAUGUCUUGAUGCCCAAAAACUGCUUGGAUAAAUUACUUUAUGACCCUAGUCCAUGAAUGUGAAAUCUUGUUGUUGCCUUAAUUGCUUCUCAAAGCAAUUGUCCCUAUCAGUGUCUGCUUUUCUAUUAAAAAAAAUUAAGAAUGUUUAUUCAUAGUAAUGCAUGAAUGGAUAUCUAUUGUGUUUUGAUGACCCUUAGUCCCUAAAUUCAAUUUUGCAACUGCAAUUAGAAGUGAUUUUGCAUUAUGAUCUUAAUGACCCUAUUCCCUUACGUUUCAUAAGUUUUGUAUGGAAUGGAUGCUUCAAUGAGACAAAUCAGAUAAUGACCUCAAGAGUAAAGUGUAGUAUGACCCUAGUUUUUUUUGACAUAUAUUAUCUUUUUAUGACCCUAAUCGUAAAUCUGUCACUGAGAUGAAUUUAUUUUCAUUAUGGAUAAAGCGUGGUGUGGUAAACAUGAACCUACUAACUCAAAAUUCCACAAUAAGAUGAAUAUACUUUGUUCUGUGAAUUUUGUUGUAAGGGAUUUUCUUGAUUGCCCAAAAAUACAGGCUGAUGCCUUUCUGUCCCAUGAUCCUUUUGUUUUUCUGGAACCAAUGUUUUCAAAUAUUAACUUUUUUGUUUGCUAAGGUAAAUUUUGGAAAUUUCAUUACUGUUGGGUUUUUGUAUGUUGGCUACAUUUUGCAAAAACAUCUUUUAGCCAAGUGUUGAGACAUAUGUGCCUACACCAAGUGUUCAGACAGAUGUGGGUACACAUUGGAACAACACCUGUCCGUCUGACUAUGCGCGCCAGCUAGCGGUUUUUAUUUUCUACUCAAUCUUUUGAAGAUUUGAUUGAAGAAUUGUUUCAAGGUUUCUUACAGAGCAAGGCGCACGUGUUUAAUGUGUUACAGGAGGCAGCCAAACCCUAGUUAUAUUUUCUAAAAGAAUUAUAUUUUUAGAAAAUAUAUUUUUGUGAUUAAAAAAUAUAACUAUUAUUUUCGAAAUUAUAUCAGCUGCUGCCGCAAUUCUAGAAGCCCUAAUUUUGUCUUGAAGCCCAAGUCGUUCUACUACUAUAAAUACGAAGGCAAGCAUAUGGUUUCAAGCAUCUAAAACCGUGUUCUUACAAAGCGUGUGUUCUUAGGGUUUUAGAGUGUUAAUUGUGAGCUUUUCUUGUAUCUCAUUGAUGCAAGCUUAGGACCUGAGUGUUAUUGAGUUGUAAUUGUGAAUAUCUCCUAAGCUUUGAAGUACGGAGAUUGUUCUAGUGUUAUGUGUGAUUUGCUCGUAAGCUUUUAAGCAAGAGUGAAUCUUAGUUUCAUAGGAUUGUGUCUCCACCAUUCGUGUUCAAUUGAGUUGAUAACAACGUUGAGUGUGUUGUUAAGGUGGGAAUUGGGACGGGGUCUCAUAUCUAGGAGUUCCUAGGUAGAAGUGUCAUUGGGUAGUGAUUAAGUGAGGAGUUGUAAACAGGUGAGUUUAGCUUCGAAGUAAUACUACUGAUAGUGAACUUUAUUCCUGGAUUGGUAUCCCCAGAGUAGGCUGUUAAGCUGAAUUGGGUUAACAACUCUAUUGUGUUAUUUACGUUACUGUCUUUAUUAUUUGUGUUCUGUAUAUAGACAAGUGUUGCCACACCUUGGUCAACAUCUGUCUACUACGUGACGGACAAGUAUUGACACACUUUGAUCAACACCUGUUUACUGUGUGCCAGGAAUUUCAAUUGGCAUCAGAGCAGGCACCCUGUUCUGAAUUUUAGGGUGAGCUCCAGGGAGAUUUUUCUGGCAGAUAUGGACAAAGAAGGAGGACCUCUCAACAAACCACCUCUUCUGGUUAGUGCUUCAAACUAUGAUUAUUGGAAGUCUCGCAUGAUGACCUUCCUUAAACAAAUAGAUAGCAAGAUAUGGAAAGAAGUUCUAAGAGGUUGGGACCACCCUGUGAAAAUGGACAAAGAGGGCAAACCAACCCUUGAGUUAAACCCUGAGGAGGAAUGGUCCAAAGAGGAGGAUGAGCUUGCUCUUGCAAACUCAAAAGCACUAUAUGCAUUGUAUAAUGGUGUUGACAAGCACAUAUUCAGACUCAUAAAAAAAUGUGCCUCUGCUAAGGAAGCUUGGAACAUUCUCCAAACUGUUCAUGAAGGUACCUCUAAGGUGAAAAUGUCAAGGCUGCAACUUUUAACCACUAAGUUUGAAAAUCUUAGAAUGAAUGAUGAUGAAACCAUUCAGGAGUUUCACAUGACCUUACUUGACUAUGAUAAUCAGUUUGAUGCCUUGGGAGAAAAGGUUCCUGAAGAGAAAUUGGUAAGGAAGAUGCUUAGGUCCCUUCCUAAGAAGUUUAAUAUGAAGGUCACCGCUAUAGAAGAAGCCAAAAAUAUCACAGAAAUGAAGUUGGAUGAACUUAUUGGUUCAUUACAAACUUACGAGGUGGCUACAAAUGAAAGGAUGGAUAAGAAAACCAAGAGCAUUGCCUUUGUCUCGAAUGCUGAGGAAGAAGAUCAACAGAGUGACGCGGAGUCUGAGAAUAGCAUCUCUGAUGCAAUGGUUCUUCUAGGAAAACAAUUUAAUAAGGUGCUAAAAGGAAUGGACAAACGUCCAAGGACAAGUGUACCUGACACUGGUCGCAACACAAACAGAAAUUUCAGAAAACCUAUGUCAGAUGAGAAAACAUCUCUUAAUAAAAGUGUCCAAUGUCAUGAAUGUGAAGGGUAUGAACACAUUAGAACUGAAUGUGCAACCUUCUUGAAGAAACAGAAAAAGGGGUUAACUGUUUCAUAGUCAGAUGAGGACUCUGAAGGAGAAGCUGACACUGCAAAAUCUAUUCAUGCACUGACAGGUGUAUGUACAUCUGACACUGAAUCAUGUGAUGAGGAGCUAACCUUUGAUGAACUUGCUGAGUCAUACAAGGAGCUGUGUCUAAGGAGUGAAGAAGUCUGCAGAAUCUCAGAAAAACAAAAGGAGACAAUCUUAAAGUUGCAAACUGAAAGAAUUAUCAAUCUAACAAAAAUCUCUGAGAUUGGUGUCAAGUGUGAAGAAGGGUUGAAAACAAU